CGCCAACUGCCCCGACCCGCAGAUGUGAACAACUCUAUACUGAGAACCGGCGCCCAAGCGGCUGAGCCCCAGAUGUCGGCCAUACAGCGGGCCGAAGAACUCAUCAAAAAAGAGAUGCUGGUUAUGCUCCACUACGACGCUGUACACAACCCGACCGACGUGGCAAUCAAUCCAAUCCGAACGACGUUUCUGGAGAAACACCCGUACGUUAAGUACAGUAAGGAUCAGUUGGCGGCCGCCAAACUGGUGCUCCAGACCGAGAUGGAUGUGGUGAAGCAGGGUAUGGCACACACGGAGCUGACACUCGAUGGUUACUGUCAGGUGUGGGACGAGUCUCUGUCGCAAGUGCUGUACCUGCCGUCCCAACACAAGUACACCAGAGCUAAUCUCGUCAACAAAAAGGACAGAAUUGAGUCAUUGGAGAAAAGGUUAGACCAGAAUCGGUCUCAUAUGACGAAAGAGGCGAAAAAGGCGGCGAAGAUUGAGAAAAAGUUGCGAAUCCUUUUGGGGGGCUAUCAGUCACGGGCGGCGCAGUUGACCAAACAGACCAACGAUCUCGUGGAACAAGUGGAACAGACGACACUCGAGUUGCAGACGUUUACCAUUCUUAAGGAUCACGAAGAGAUGGCCAUCGAUAAGAGGAUUGAUUCUUUAAGCGAAGACGUGAAGAGACAGAACGUCAGAGAGUCGUCACUGCAAGAGAGAUACGACCAAUUGAUCCGCAAAAGAGAUGAUCUCUUUUCCAAAUUGAAGCCACAACCGAACCAAUCAAAUGAGACGACAGAAUAGAUGCCAGUGUUUUGUUGGUUUAGUUUUUUCAAGAUAUCAUUGCUUUUGUUUGAUUUACAAAAUCAUCGAUA